CGCUUCCGGUGUGCGCGGAUGACGUCACGGCGCUCUGAGCCAAUCGGAGGCGGCGUUACUGGCAGGCAGCGGAGGGCUGGCGGGGCGCGGUCUCGUGGGCACGCGCGGUCGUUCUGCAGCCUCGCGCGGGCUUCACGCGGCCCAGGUGAGCGAGGCCGACAAUGUCCAGCUCGGAGGAGGUCCUGCUGCUGGUCUCACACGUGCGGUACAGAAAGCAGGACGGGAGCCUGUACCUCAUGGCGGGUCGCCUGGCAUGGGGAGCCCGUGGCACCCACCGCUUCACCGCCAGCAUCGACUACGCAGACAUACAGAGCCAGAAGAUCACCCCGGACGGCAGGGCCAAGGUUCAGCUCCAGGUGAUCACGCACGGCGGCGAGGCCACCACCUUCCACUUCAGUUCGGCGGCCGCGGCGUCUCGCGACCGCGACUCCGUCAAGGAGCUGCUGCAGCAGCUGCUGCCUCGCUUCAAGCGCAGAGCCAACCAGGAGCUGGAGCACAAGAACCGGCUGCUGCAGCAGGACCCAGUGCUCUUCCUGCUGUACAAGGAGCUGGUGGUGGGGCACGUGAUCUCGGCCGAGGAGUUCUGGGCCAAUCGGAUCGCGAGCGGCGGAGCCGAAGGCCCCUCCCCCUCCCCCCAGACCGUGGGGGUCUCCGCAGCAUUCCUGGCGGAUGUGCGUCCCCAGGCUGACGGCUGUAAUGGCCUCAAGUACAACCUGACCAAUGACAUCAUCCAGUCCAUCUUCACUACUUACCCCGCGGUGAGAGAGAAGUUUGUGGGCAACGUCCCGCACGCGAUGACGGAGCGCGAGUUCUGGACGCGCUUCUUCCAGUCCCACUACUUCCACCGCGACCGCCUCAGCUCCGGCAGCCAGGACAUCUUCUCGGAGUGUGCCAAGCAGGACGAGAGAGGGCUGCAGGAGAUUGUAGAUAGGGGAGUGUGGAAUCCUCUCCUGGACCUUACUGCCAUGGGAGAUUCCUCCCUCGGGGAGGGCUACGGGAGCUCCUCCCCUCCCUCCACCUCCUCCUGCACCUCCUCCUCCACCGCCUCCACCGCCUCAUCGGCCCGGAGCAGCAGCAACGCAAUCAUCAUCCGGCGUCUCAACCAACACAGCAGCAUGGUGCUGGCUACCAACACCAGCAGGGGCUCUGUGAGUGGUGAGGCGGUGAAACGCUGCAGUGGAGACGCCGAGAAUCAGCAACAACCACAACAACCACAACAACCACCCACUAAGAAGAACUGCGUAGAGGAGGCGUGCCGCUAUGAAGAUCUGCUGGAACCGCGUCCUAACGAGACGGUGACCCUGAACCUCAAGAGAUCAGACCGGUAUUUCCAUGGGCCUGUGCCCGUCCAGCCGUGCCCCUACAGCACCGGCCACGAGAUCCUGGGGGCCGUGGGCGCCACACGCUCAGAGAUGGCCUCCUACACCCCCUGCCCCCAACAGGCUCUCUCCGCUGCUCUCUCGUCCUCCGCCAUCGCCUCCCUCUCUCCGGGAGGCUCCUUGAUGCAGGGCGGUGCUCAGUCCAGCAGCAGAGAGAUGAUCUCUGUGGAGCUACAGGAUGAGCUGCUACUUCUCUACCUGUCUCUGGGGGAGCUGCUGCGUCACUUUUGGGGCUGCUUCCCCCUCAACUCCCCCCUCCAGCAAGACAAAGUGAUGAGGGUGCGUCUCAGCCUCGAGCGUUUCACCUCCUCGCGGCUCCUCCCCUUCAACGACAAGCUGAGCCGCAAUCACGUCAGCACCAACGUGACCUCUCACCUCCUGGAGAUGCUGGAUGCUGCCUACAGCAAACUCAGCUCCUGGCAGUCGCGGCAGCAGCAUGGCCGCCAGCGGCCAUGACGGUGAUCAGGGUGGCGGCCAUGACGGUGAUCAGGGUGGCGGCCAUGACGGUGAUCAGGGUGGCGGCCAAGACGGUGAUCAGUGGGCGGCCAUGACGGUGAUCAGGUGGCGUUUGUGGCGGCCAUGACGGUGAUCGGUGGCGGCCAUGACGGUGAUCAGGGUGGCGGCUAUGACGGUGAUCGUGGUGGCGGCCAUGACGGUGAUCGGGUGGCGGCCAUGACGGUGAUCGGGGUGGCGGCCAUGACGGUGAUCGGGUGGCGGCCAUGACGGUGAUCAGGUGGCAGCCAUGACGGUGAUCAGGGUGAUCGGUGGGCGGCCAUGACGGUGAUCAGUGGGCGGCCAUGACGGUGAUCAGGAUGGCGGCCAUGACGGUGAUCAGUGGGCGGCCAUGACGGUGAUCAGGUGGCGUUAUUGGCGGCCAUGCCAGUUCCAUCGGCUCUUUCCCUCCCGUCGACUGACUAGCGAGAUGGCUGUGAGACGAUGUUAAUGUAACGAGAAUAAAUCAACAACAUCCGUGAACAUUCA